ACGAUGCCGCGGCUCGGCGGGGGUUGGCCGGCGGCCCCGCGCUUCUCCCCGGCCUCCGCCGCCGUCCUGCUGGGCGUCCUGUGCCUGCCCGGGGCGCCGGCCUCCUCCCUGCUCACAGGAUCGGUUGCAAAAUGUGAAAAUGAAGGGGAAAUUCUGCAGAUACCUUUUAUCACUGACAACCCUUGCAUAAUGUGUAUUUGCCUGAAUAAGGAAGUGACGUGCAAAAGAGAGAAGUGUCCAGUGCUCUCCAAGGACUGUGCCCUCGUCAUUAAGCAGAGAGGAGCUUGCUGUGAGCGUUGCAAAGAUUGCAGUUUUGGAGGAAAUACGUACAACAGCUCCAUGAAAUGGCACCUCCCCAGCAAUCCCUGUGUUACGUACCAGUGCCAGGAAGGAGUGAUAGUAGAAUCAGAAGUACAGUGUGUUGUUCAUUGCAAAAACCCUUCCAAACUCAGGGGAAUGUGUUGUCCUGUGUGUCCAGGUUGUGUAUUUGAAGGGAGACUUUACAAUGAAGGAGAAGAAUUUAGGCCUGAAGGAAAUAAAUGUACCAAGUGCUCUUGUAUUGGUGGCAGGACACAGUGUAUCCAAGAAGUCUGCCCCAUUCUCUCAUGUCCCCAGCACCUCAGUCACAUUCCUGCUGGACAGUGCUGCCCCAAAUGCUUAGGACAGAGGAAAGUGUUUGACCUCCCAUUUGGAAGCUGCCUUUUUCACAGCAAUGUGUAUGAUAAUGGUUCCUCAUUUAUCUAUGACAACUGCACAGUGUGUACAUGCAAGGAUUCAACAGUGAUAUGUAAGAAGAGAUGCUUACUUCCUGGUGAAUGCAAUAAAAACAAAGACCACUGCUGCAAGGAAUGUAUCUCAUACAUCUCUCCUGAGGAGGUGAAAGUAUGCAAGUUUGGCAAUAAGGUCUUCCAGGAUGGAGAGAUGUGGUCCUCUGUGAACUGCACCAUCUGUGCUUGUGUGAAAGGCAAGACAGAGUGUCGCAAGAAACAAUGCAUUCCAGUCAGCAGCUGUCCUCAUGGUAAAAUCCUGAACAGAAAAGGAUGCUGUCCAAUUUGCACUGAAAAGCCUGGAGUUUGCACUGUGUUUGGAGAUCCUCACUACAACACUUUUGAUGGACGGACAUUUAACUUUCAGGGAACAUGUCAGUACGUUUUGACAAAAGACUGCUCCUCCUCUGCCUCACCCUUUCAGGUGCUGGUAAAAAACGAUGCCCGUCGGACCCGUUCUUUCUCCUGGACAAAGUCAGUGGACCUUGUGUUGGGCAGAAGCACAAUCAGCCUCCAGCAGCACCUCACAGUGAAGUGGAAUGGGACUCGAAUUUCACUGCCUUGCGAGACACCACAAUUUCAGAUCGAUUUGGAUGGUUAUUUGCUGAAAGUGACAACCAAAGCCGGCUUGGAAAUCUCAUGGGAUGGAGACAGUUUUGUGGAAGUCAUGGCUGCACCUCAUCUGAAAGGCAAACUCUGUGGUCUGUGUGGCAAUUACAAUGGGCACAAACGAGAUGACCUGAUUGGGGGGGACGGGAAUUUUAAGUUUGAUGUGGAUGACUUUGCUGAAUCCUGGCGUGUGGAGUCCAAUGAGUUCUGCAGCCGCCCACAGAGAAAACCCGUACCCGAGCUCUGUCAUGGGACAGUCAGGGUGAAACUCCGAGCUCACCGGGAAUGCCAGAAACUCAAAGCGUGGGAGUUCCAGAGCUGUCAUUCAACGGUGGACUAUACCACGUUUUACAGGUCCUGUGUGACAGACAUGUGUGAGUGUCCGAUCCAUAAAAACUGCUACUGUGAGUCAUUCCUGGCGUACGCCCGAGCCUGUCAGAGGGAAGGGCUGAAAGUCCAGUGGGUGCCAGAGCAGAACUGUGCAGCAACCCAGUGUAAACACGGUGCAGUUUACGAUACCUGUGGUCCGGGAUGCGUCAAAACAUGUGACAACUGGAAUGAAAUUGGACCGUGCAACAAGCCCUGCGUUGCAGGGUGUCACUGCCCGGCAAAUUUGGUUCUUCACAGAGGAAGAUGCAUCAAACCAGUCCUGUGCCCACAGCGGUGACACUCGUUCUCUUUCCGUGGACACUAAUGCGGGUGGUCACUGACCCCUUCAAUGCUCACAGCCAGUGAAGGACUCCAGCUGUUUGUGUGCAGAUUCUGCAAAGUACAUGUCUACUCACAGAGCAUAAAUAUGCUCCUCUGUGUGUAUUUGUGUCUCUAAGUACACACAUGUGGCACCUAAAAAGAUAUAUAAAUGUAUACUGUGUGUAUUUGGACACACGUGUCCAUACACAAGUGCCCUAAACGUAAGUACAACCCAUAUAUUUAUAUAUAUGUCCACACACAAAUAUACAUAAUUUCUAUAUACCAUAGAAGGAUGAAUUAUAAUAUGUAUAUUUUUUGCUAUAAAGUUUAUGUAUUAUUAUUUCUAGGACCCUGAUCUGUAAGUCAUUGUAAAAAUAAACCAGGUGUUUUUAAUAUAAUAUUGUGGCAUGAAAAGAUUGGAUGACUUUGCCAUUGCAUAAGUUUGUCGUUACCAAGGAAACUUUUCUAGGGCCACAGCACUGCCAGGCUGGAUUAGUUUCAACACAGAACCUGGAUUUACAGUUGUUCAAGAAACACAUUUCUCUGGAGAUGGAGGAUUUAUCUAGGAAUAUUUCAUGCGUACCUUGGAGCUGCAUAGUGAUUGGUGACAGUGCUUAAUCAGGCAGAGAAAGCUGGGGAUUGGCUUUUAUGCUUUACUGAAAUAACUGUGCAAAAUGAUUUCCAAAGCUGGUUGGACAAUGGCCAGGAUAGAGAUAUUUCUUUCUGGAAUGGCACCAAAGAGUUGGGGCCAGAUUUUCAUAAGUGUUAGGCACCCAACAGCUCACUUUGAAAAUCUGACCACUUCCCAUUUCAUAUCCUAAUGCCCUAUCUCUGUUGUUGUGUUUGGCAGUAGCUGUGAAUACACAAUGAGGAGCUUGAAGAAAAUAUUCAUGUGCAUAUUAGCCCCUUAAACAUGUUUGAAACGCCUAGGUUUGUUUCAUGUCUCCCUCAAAUAUUAUGCAGAAAGCAAAUCCCAUGCUGAAAUGUUUGAUUUCAGUGUGCCUUGAAACAUAAAAUAAUGCCAGGCUUAGUAACUCAUUUAAUUUAUCAGCAUGGUAUGGAAGAAAGACAAAUUCACCCCACCGAAAACCAGUAGAGAAUGUCAAAUGCUAAUUGGAGAACUGCAUUUUAUUUCCUUAGUGGUCUUUUGGUUGAGGUUUAUGAACAUGUGGGCUCUGUGAAGUUUGCAUGACUUUUGAAGUCUCCCAGGGGAGAAGCAAUAAUACAGGAUUUCAUUAGAAACGGUUAAAAAAGCCAUACAACUUUCUCAAGCCUGAAGGGACAGGGGGCUAUUUUUCUUCACUGCAAAGCCUCUCACAGAGCCCGAUGGAAUGGUCUCUGGAGAUGAUAGAAAUCUUUGUGCAUCUGAUUUAGGUUUAUAAUGAAGUAAUAUCCUCCCACGCAGCUACUUCCAUCAUGUCUUGCAUUGAAAUUGCACAUUGUAAUGCUUUGAACAACUUUCUCCUUUAAUUCUUUUCUAUUGAGGAAGUUAAGCAGGACCCGAGUUUACAGUGUGUGAGCGGGUAAACACACUUGGGUUAUACAACCUGUCUGUGAUCCCACCCUGGAGGAAGAUGCUGAGUGAACCUGGUUAACUUAAGCACGACACUAUCCAAAAUUCUGUACCACCACAGUGUUAAAAAGAGCUGGGCAUAUAAUGCCAAGAGUGUUCCAUGGAUGUUCAUCCAAAUCUUAAAUAAAUUCAGCUUGAUCUUU